AUGGAAACGUCAGCAGGAAGCGGUUGCGUCUUCAGGCUUUCGGAUCCAUCCAAUAGCAACAGCAGCAUUGGAGCGGAGAUUCGUACUCUGCUUCCUGAUAUGAACCCGCCUGAAUGGGCGCUGGAUGUUGACACAUCGACUCCGCAAAACGCACCGGUCAGCUUUGCAAUUCGGUCUGGUGUUCUCAAGGAGUUGAUUGAGGAUCUGGAAUGGCCUGGUGCCAGUGUUCGAAUCUCCAUCAGCCCCCAGCCAGCAGGAGUGACGUUUUUGGCACAAGGCCAUGGUGACUUACAGGUUGAUCUCCUUGUUGGGCGGUGCAACAACCUUUUUGUUGACUUCAAAUGUCACCGGCCUGUUUCAUUCCUGUAUCGCUACAAGCAUCUCAGUGCAGCAACUGCUAGCAUUCCUGCUGCUGUUCUAAAGGAAAACCAUGCGAGUAAACUGACAAUCGACCGUCAUGGCCUGUUGAGAGUGCAGCAUGUUGUGAAUAUGCGAGCCACUGGGCCUGGUGGAAGAAAUGCUAAUGAUGCUCCAGAUGCAUUUGGAGUGGGCAGUCUUCCUGCCUUUUCUCAACCAACCCAGGAUGGGGCUAGGAGCCAAACUCAGCAGAAUAGGAGUGCAAGGACAUCAUUUGUAGAGUUCUUUGUUGCUCCACAGGAGGAGGAUUAUGAGCCAUCAACUCCGUUGACCAGAGUGAUCUGCUGCAUCCCGCCUUCCUCCAUGGCGACUGCGACUGCUCGCUCGUUGGUCUGCGCGCAUUUCACCGCCGCGCAACUCUCCUCUGCAGAGGGAGAGUCGUCCUCUCUAAAGGCUUUCGCCAAGUCCGUGAAGUCGAACGGUCUCUCUGCGGUCCCCCACAGCCGCAAGUCUGUCGCGAAUCGUCGCAGGACCUGUGCGAAUGGGAGCAGCAGUCGCAGAAGACAGCCAGUGAUGGCGGCGGCAGGCGACGGUGCGACGAAGAAGUGUCGCAUCACGCUGCUGCCGGGCGACGGAAUCGGCCCUGAGAUCAUGGCAGUGGCUGUGAAGCUGCUCAAGGCUCUCGGCGAAUUGGAAGGCAUCACCUUUGAGUUCCAGGAGGCUCUGGUCGGAGGUGCGGCCAUCGACGAAUUCGGCGUGCCUCUCCCCGAAUCAACCCUCGCCACGUGCCGCGACAGCGAUGCCGUUCUGCUCGCUGCCAUUGGAGGGUACAAGUGGGACACCCUGCCCGCAGAUCUCCGCCCUGAGCGCGGGCUGCUGGGGCUGCGCGCGGGGCUCGGCGCAUUCGCUAAUCUGCGCCCCGCCACCGUCUUCCCCCAGCUGAUCGAGGCGUCGUCGUUGAAGCGCGAGGUGGUGGAGGGCGUUGACAUCAUGGUGAUUCGCGAACUUACGGGCGGAAUCUACUUCGGGGAGCCCAAGGGCUUCGGACAGGAUGCAGAGGGCAACAGGACAGGCUUCAACACCAUGAUCUACUCCGCUCCUGAGAUUGACCGGAUUGCACGGGUGGGGUUUGAGGCGGCGCGCAAGCGCAGCGGGCGGCUGUGCUCCGUGGAGAAGUCGAACGUGCUGGAGGUGUCGCAGCUGUGGCGCGAGCGCGUGACAGCCAUCGGGGCAGAGGAGUACCCGGACGUGGAGCUGUCGCACAUGUAUGUGGACAACGCCGCCAUGCAGCUCAUCCGCAACCCGCGCCAGUUUGACACCAUCGUCACCAGCAACAUCUUUGGGGAUAUCCUCUCCGACGAGGCGUCCAUGCUGACGGGGUCUAUCGGCAUGCUGCCCUCCGCCAGCAUUGGCUCUGAUGGCCCGGGCAUCUAUGAGCCGGUGCACGGUUCGGCACCGGACAUUGCGGGGCAGGACAAGGCUAACCCGAUGGCACAGGUGCUCUCAGCCGCCAUGAUGCUGCGCUACGGGCUCAACCUGCCACGUGGCGCUGACCUAUUGGAGGCUGCUGUCAUGAGUACUCUGGAGGCCGGGUACAGGACUGGCGACAUUGCUUCUCCUGGCAUGGAGGUGGUGGGGUGCAACGAAUUCGUCCCCGCCACUGCCGCCACUGCCGAUUCAGCCGCCACCGCUGCAGCAGCAUCAGCAUUAUUCGCUCUGGUCGUCUGCUGCUCGCCCGCGCUCGCCGCUCCUGCCGCGUCUCCCCAGGAAAUCGGCCUUCCUCACGCCACAGCGUUUCCAACUUCCCUCUCUACAACCUCGACCAUACCUCUCGCUACAGUCACCCAGGCUCCUCCGCUCGCUACAGCGUCGGCAAUGAGCGGCAGCGGAGUGGAGUGGGAAGUGCUGGUCCCGUCGCUGGUGGGGGUGACGCCCUCUAGUGCCCUCCUCGCCGCCACCGCCGCUGCAGGCGCGCUGGGACUCGGCUUCGCGCUGUUCAUCGCUGUGGGGGUGCUGUUCCAGCCACGGUGGAUCAUCACCUGGGUGCGGCAGAACCAGCCCCACAUACUCUUCGAACACGUCACCAAAGAUCGCCUGGUUGCUCUGACGAUCGAUGAUGGGCCGAAUGGAGACACGACCUACGAGCUGCUGGAUAUUCUCAAGGAGCACGGGUGCACGGCCACGUUCUUCGUGAUUGGAUCCAACAUCGACCGAUACCCCAGCAUAGUGGAUCGCAUGCAUGCUGAAGGCCACGAGGUGGGCAACCAUAUGACAGAGGACAAACCCAGCUGGCGCCUGUCAGCGGGCGAGUUUGAGUCGUCACUACUGGAAGUGGAUGCCAAGCUCCACCACUACUUCCGACGAGACGCUGCUGGAAAACCUGUCAAGUGGUUCAGACCGGGCCAUGGGUGGUACACCAAGCGCAUGCGGCAGCAGGCACAACGGCACGGAUACAACGUGGCGCUGGGCUCUGUGUUCCCCGUGGACCCGCUUUUCAAGGACAGCAGCCGCCCCCUUGCCGCCUACUGUCUCUGGAAGGUGUACCCAGGUGCUAUUAUUAUCCUGCACGACCGGCCCCAGCAGGGAACACAAACCGUUGAGAUUCUGCGGAUGAUGCUGCCAGAGCUGAGAAGGCAGGGCUAUCAGGUGGUCUCGCUCUCGCACCUUGUUAAAGGGCUACACUCCCACCCCCCCUCGCCUCACUCCCACACCUCCUCUCCUCCUCAAUCCCUUCUCUCCGCUCUGCCAGCAUCCCCCUCCUCUGCUUCCCAUCCCCCACCUGCCAACCAUGCAUGUCUCUCGUCUCCCCAGGAUGGCGCGGCACGGGUGCUCUGGACGAAGAGGGUUCUGGCGUCAGCGCAGCGCAAAACCAGCAGCCCGUUAACAUACAAGCAGCCAGAGCUGAAGAUCGACACCAUGGACUGGACCGUAAAGCACGCGCGGCUAGGCGGCGACCCGUUGAACGGCUUCGACGUGUUCCUCACAGGCGUGCUGACUUUCAACGCGCUCAUCUACAAUCCCAACGCGUAUGGACUCAAGAUCAACGCCAUCUAUGUGCACGCGGAAUACAACAACACGUUUCUCGGCAAUUCCAAGCUUCCCCCCAUGAACGUGUACCCGUUAAAGUCAUCCCCAGUAAAAGCACCCUUCAACCUGGUGAAUAUCCCUAUGAAGAGGGGAUGGCGGAUAUACCAGAAGGGGGAUGUGCUUGCAACGAAGAUUGACAUUCAAGGAUUUGGUGACAAGGUUCCCUUGCUCUCACAUUCGCCUGGUGCGUGGAUCCUGCUUGCAUGCAGCAUUUUAUGUGAAUUUUGA